GAAAAUAUCUCAAAUCCUCUGAACCUUUAUAACAGACAUGGAUUUUCUUGUUGCAAUCGGUACUGGAAUUGUUGGAAAGAUUGCUGAGUUCACAGUUGCUCCAGUUUUACGCCAAGUGGGUUAUGUAAUCUACUACAACAAGAACCUCAAAAAACUAGAGAGUCAAGUAGAUGAGUUGGGUGCUGCCAGUGAAAGCAUGAAGCGUGCUGUUGAAACAGAGGAAAGAAAAGGUAGAGAAAUUAAAGCAGAUGUCCAGAACUGGCUGACUAAAGUGGAUGAGAUGACUAAAGAAGCAAACGAUUUCUUGGAAGAUAAACAGCAUGCAGAGACUAGAUGUCUCCGUGGCUUUUGUCCUAAUCUAAAGCUUCGCCAUCAUCGCAGCAGGAAAACAACAAAAUUGGUUCAAGAAGUUGCUGACCUCUGUGGGAAAAAGGAUUUUGGCGAUAUUGCAUACGAUGUCAAACCAGAGGAGGUGUGCAGCAUACCUGCUAAAGAUUACCAAGCCUUUGAUUCAAGGACUUCAGUUGCGAAGGAAAUCAUGAAUGAACUGAGACAAUCUAAUACCCACAUGAUUGGGGUGUACGGUAUUGGGGGUGUGGGAAAGACAACACUUGCUAAAGAAGUUUAUCGGCAAGCUACAGAAGAUAAAACGUUAUUUGAUGAUGUUGUUAUAGUACAAGAUGUAAAAAAGAGUCCAGAUUUGGAAGGAAUUCAAAAAAGAAUUGCUGAAAAGUUGGGAAUGGAAUUUCUCGGAGAUGAGACUAUAGACAGAAGAUCUAGUCGUCUUUUUCAUAGGAUAAAAGACAACAAAGUUCUGGUAAUUUUGGAUGACAUAAAGGAAAAAAUUGAUUUGGAGAAUGUGGGAGUUCCACGUGUGUCGAAUUGUAAAGUAUUGUUAACAUCUAGAACCAGAGAAGUAUUAUCGGGUGAGAUGCGUACACAAAAGGAGUUUCAACUUGACCUUUUAGAUGCAGAAGAAAACUGGAGUUUAUUUGAGAAGAUGGCAGGUGAUGUUGUUCAAAAUCCUGCCAUACGAGAAGUAGCAACAGAAGUGGCCAAAAAGUGCGGAGGCUUGCCGGUUUUAGUGGUAACAGUUGCAAGCGCCCUGAAGAAUAGAAGUAAGGUACAAGAUGCCUUGCGACGCUUAAACAAAUUUGAGAAAGAAGGAUUCACGAAAAAAGCAUACUUGGCUCUGGAGUGGAGUUACGAGCAAUUGGACGAUAAGGAACUUAAGCCAUUGUUCUUGUUAUCUGGAAUUAUGAGAGAUUACUCUAUGAAUCUUCUUGACUUGCUGAAAUACAGUAUGGGCUUAGGUUUGAUUAAAAACGUGGAUACGGUGGAAGAAGCACAAAAUGCACUGCAUUCACUGGUUGAAAAACUUAAAGAUUCUUGUCUAUUGCUAGAGGACAGUGAUAAUAAUAAAUAUUUUAGAAUGCAUGAUCUUGUUCAUGAAGUUGUAAACCGGAUUGCCUUGAGAGAGCAACAUGUCUUCAAAGUUACUAUUGGAGAUGAGUUCAAAGAAUGGCCAGCUAAGGAUUUUUGUAAAAAGAGCACUAUGAUCAUUCUUGUUAACUGCAAUAUUCCCCGUCUUCCUGAAGGUUUGGAAUACCCAGAACUGAAAAUGUUUACCUUUUGUGGUAGCGAUUUUGAUCACUGCUUGGAAAUUCCCAGAAACUUUUUUGAAGGGAUGAAGAAACUCAAAGUGUUGGACUUCACUAAUUUGAGUAUCCCAACACUACCUCCAUCUCUCCAAUUCCUAAAAAGUCUUCAGACAUUGUGUUUGGAUGUCUGCACCUUGGGAGACCUAGCUUUAGUUGGAGAGCUAAGAAACUUAGAAAUGCUUAGCUUUUUACAAUCCAAGUUUAGAAAGUUGCCCGAAGAAAUAGGGCAGUUGACACGUCUGCGAUUGUUGGAUUUGAAAGGUUGCUCUCAACUCGAAGUGAUUUCACCUAAUGUUAUAUCAAACUUGAAAAGGUUAGAAAACUUGAGAAUGGGUGAUAGCUUCAACCGAUGGGAGGGUGAAGGAGUCAUCAGUAGUGAAAGAAGAAAUGCAAACCUUGAAGAGCUAAAGUUCUUGCCUCAGCUAACUACUUUACAAAUACAUAUCCCAGAUGCUAACAUCCUUCCAGCAGAUUUAUUCACCACUACUAGUAGGUUAAAGAGAUUCCAAAUAUGUAUUGGUUCUGCGUGGAAAUGGGAUAAUGUUGAUGAAGCCCUCAAUACACUAAAGCUCCGACUCAGUGCUAGCAAUGAAUUGGACCAAGGUCUAAGAAUGUUGCUGGAAAGAACUGAAGACUUAUACUUGGAGGGGAUGGAGGGUGUUAAUAAUAAUAUUGUCUACCAAAUAGGUGCGAAAGGUUUUCAGAAAUUGAAGCAUCUCCAUCUCCAAACGAAUGCCGAGUUUACGUAUAUCAUAAAUGGGAAGGUUAGGUAUCCCAACUUAACAUGGUUGGCGGUGAAUGAACUCAAUGGUUUAACAUUCUUGUUAUCAUCUUCAAUGGCUAGAAGCCUUGCACAACUCAAACGUCUUCAGGUAUCAGGAUGUCAAAUAAUGGAAGAGAUAGUAUCCAUAGAAGAAUCUGAUGAAGAAAUUGUAGACAACUUCUUUUGCCAGCUACAAAUUAUGGAGCUAAAAAACCUUCCAAAUCUCACUAAAUUCUGCUCAAGAAACCAUACUGAACUUUCAAAUCCAUCCUGUGGGAUACAACACUUUCUUUUUGACAAUAAGGUAGAGUUUCCAAACUUGAAGAAGUUAUCUUUUGAUGGCCUAGCAAAGUUGACGACAAUAUGGAACAAUCAAUUUUCUCUAGAGAGUUCAAAAAAUCUAGAGAUAAUUGAAAUUGUUUCUUGUGACAGUUUGAAAAAUAUAUUUCCGGUUUCGGUGGCUAGAAAUCUCCUGCAGUUAAAAGAAUUGAUAGUGAAGAGUUGUGGAGUGGAGGAAAUUGUCGCAAAGGAAGAGUCAUUACAAACAAAGCCUAAGUUUGUGUUUCCAAAAGUAACACUAGUGAUUUUUGAUGGUUUGUACAACCUCACAAAUUUCUACCCAAGGAUGCAUGUGACCAGCUGGCCAUCACUCAAUGAUUUGAGCGUGUUGCGAUGUGCUAAAGUCAACAUGUUUGUUGAGGAAAUCUCAAGCUUUCAAGGACAUAAUGAGCUACAACGUCUUUGUGUUUCUAUGCCGCAAUCUCUGUUUUUAAUUGAGAAGACCGGCGAUCAUGUCAAUGGCCUUCGAUUUUGA